ACUAAGUUGUGUUCAGGGACAUAGUACACAGUGGGAGUAUGUUGCGUGUAGGGAUGAUGGUGUAAAGAUUUGAUUUAUGAUGUUUUUUUGAUGUUGACAUUUCUCGUCAGUGGACUUUCUUGUAGAGAGGGGACGGCCAGCUUGCAAACGCAGUAGUGAUACCUGGAUCCUCCUGCCCAAUGUCAAAUGUUUAUUUUGUGUUGAAGUCAUGAAUAACGUCAACAUCACCCGAGAUAUCCUGCACAGGCAGAUUCGGGAAAAGGCAGUGUCAGGCUUUCAGAGGUUCUAUCAUGUGACCGACCCCUUCAUCAAGAGACUUGGCCUGGAGGCUGAGCUUCAGGGACACACAGGCUGCGUGAACUGUUUGGAAUGGAAUGAACAUGGAGAUCUACUGGCCUCAGGCUCGGAUGAUCAACAUGCGAUCAUCUGGGAUCCAUUCAGACUCAAAAAGCUUACUACUAUGCACACAGGCCAUGCAGCAAACAUAUUCUCUGUUAAGUUCCUCCCGCACUCAGGAGACAGAAUUUUGGUAACUGGUGCUGCGGACACUAAGGUCCACGUGCAUGACCUGACAGCGGAGGAAACCAUCCAUAUGUUUUCUGAUCAUACCAACAGGGUUAAACGCAUCGCAACCGCGCCCAUGUGGCCCAACACCUUCUGGAGCGCUGCGGAGGAUGGCAUCAUCAGACAGUAUGAUUUGCGGGAGAGCAGUAAACGCUCUGAGGUGCUGAUUGACCUAACAAAGUUCUGUGGGCGCUUUGUGGAGGCCAAAUGUUUGGCUGUCAAUCCAAGGGACAACAACUACCUGGCCGUUGGGGCCAACGGUCCCUUUGUACGUCUCUAUGACAUUCGGAUGAUUCAAAACUGUAGAAAAUCACUAAACCGAUGGAAGCAAUCUGCUGUGCGCACAUUCCUUGAAAAUCAGAAGCCCAUCCCGGAGAAGGCUGUGCAGUAUUACGUUGCAGGUCACCUGCCGGAGAAACGGAUGCACUACAAUAACCGCUUGAGGGUCUUGGUGGUCACUUAUGUCACAUUUAGUCCAGAUGGAACUGAGCUACUUGUCAACAUGGGCGGGGAACAGGUUUAUCUGUUUGACCUGACGUGUAAACAAACACCAUACACAUUGCUGCUACCAGAAACGUGCCAACCAUCAACAGGAGAUGUGCAGAAUGGGAAGACAACCAACGGUGUCCAUAGCAAGAUACAACUUAGCUGUUGCAGCUUGUCUGAUCUUCCUCCACAUUUGGAAAAGAUCAAACAACAAGCAAAUGAUGCGUUUGCACAGCAGCAUUGGACGCAGGCCAUCCAACUGUAUAGUAUAGGAAUUAAUCAUUCCAGCUGCAACGCCAUUCUCUACGGAAACCGGGCUGCAGCCUACAUGAAGCGGAAAUGGGAUGGAGACCACUAUGACGCACUGAAGGAUUGUUUGAAGGCACUGACGCUAAACCCGGAUCAUCUGAAGGCGCAUUUCAGACUUGCACGGUGUCUCUUUGAGCUCAAGUAUGUGUCUAAAGCACUGGAGUGCCUCAACGAUUUCAAAGAAAAAUUUCCAGAGCAAGCCCACAGCACUGCUUGUGAUGCUUUGGAUAAGGAUAUCAAGGCCUUCUCAAACACAAAAUCGGCAGAAGAUGAUUCCAACAGCUUCCUCCGAUUCCAUUCAAUUAGUCAGUUGGAUCCCAUCCCCAUGGAUGAGUUUGUUUUUCGAGAGCAAAGCUUGGACUACAAGCACAGAUAUUGUGGUCACUGCAACACCACCACGGAUAUAAAAGAAGCCAACUUCUUUGGAAGCAAAGGCCAGUACAUCGUCAGCGGGUCAGACGAUGGCUCGUUCUUUAUCUGGGAAAAGGAGACAACAAAUCUGGUGCGUAUCAUGCAGGGGGACGAGUCCAUAGUCAACUGUUUGCAGCCCCACCCGACCUCCUGUUUCCUUGCCUCGAGUGGUAUUGACCCUGUGGUCCGAUUAUGGAACCCUAGACCAGAGACCGAGAGCGAAAAUGGCAGAGUAGUAGAGGACAUGGAAGGCGCAGCUCAGGCCAAUCAGCGGCGAAUGAACGCGGAUCCACUGGAGGUUAUGCUGCUCAACAUGGGCUAUCGUACCGCAGGAUUGCGUGGCGUAGGCCCAGAUGGUUCUGAUGAUGAGGACAGCUCGGAUGGACAAAUGCAAUGUAGACCAAGCUAAAACGAGCUGAUGGCCAUUCUGUAGAAUGGAAGUAGUAAGCAAAGCGCUGUGCCCGUUUCUGUUUGAGCCCCAAUUUGCCCUCUUUUCUAUCACACUGUAGCCGCUCAACUCACUCUGUGUUGUCAGGCAGACGCCUCACACAUCUCCCCCAGUUUGUCACACAGAUGGGCAAGUUCUGCACUUCUCCCUCAGGUUUAUGUUGGGUAUCAAAGGAGAGGUGCCCAAUUACCUAUUUUCAUGUCAGUGUGGCCCUGCAGCGGCACUGACCUUGUUGGAGGAUCGUGACACAGUUGAAGGGUGCACACAUCUCAGAGAGGACGCACACUCGGCUUGUUGCCUAGAGUCUUGACUUUUCAGUUGGAGUUCUUGAAGCCUGCAAUGAAAUGUCAUUCUUCGUCUAAUGAAAGUUGCAUGUCGCAAGGAUAUGGAUGAGCUUUGUUUGGUUAACAAGCUUGGAAGAAUUGUCUUCUGCCAAAGUUUUUCCUCCAUCAGUCAAAUCGCCAUGGAUUUGUGUUUGUUUAAUCCCAAAAAUGGGACGUUUCAUAUAAUUCAUUCAGCCAGCGACAGUUCAUUCAGACAAUUUUAGGUUAAUUUUCCAUUUAAGUCCCCUUGAUUUCAAAUGAUAGCGUGAAAAUAUUUUUUUGUUUGUUGAAAGUGGACACAUGCUUUGAGGCUGUGAUGAGUAUUCACCAAGUAUUUGAUAACAACUGCUUCGUGUCGCUAGCUCUCAUCCUUGGCUACUUUACACUUGGAUGCUCUAAAGUGAAUAAAUGUUAACGUAUGCAAAAGUAGGCUAACGUGUUUUACUUUCUUGAUUGAGUUCACCCGAUUCUCUUUGAGUAAUCAUGAUACUGUUUGCUGGAAACAGAGACACAAACUUUAAAUAAUAAAAUAACAGAAAUCUU